UCCCGCAUGAUCAGCCUUGGCGGACGGCCAGAGCGCGGCCAUAACAACAAUAGGUGGCUCCUUCUGGGGCUUCGAGGGGGAAGGAGAGGCGGAGGGGCUGAGCGGCCGUCAUGGGGGCAGCGCUGGGAGUCUGUUCGCUGGCCAGCUGGAUUCCGUGUCUGUGCAGCGGUGCAUCAUGCCUGCUGUGCCGCUGUUGUCCCAACAGCAAGAAUUCUACCGUCACGCGUCUUAUUUAUGCCUUCCUGCUUCUCCUGAGCACUCUAGUUGCUUGCAUCAUGCUGGCACCAGGCAUGGAAGAACAACUGAAAAAGGUGCCUGGAUUUUGUGAAGACGACCAUCACACUCGCCUGCCACACUUUAAGGGUUUUGUUCACUGCGAAGCUUUGGUUGGUUAUAGAGCCGUCUACCGCGUCAGUUUUGCUAUGGCUGUGUUUUUCUUCGUCUUCUGCCUCCUCAUGAUACAAGUGAAAUCGAGUAAAGAUCCAAGAGCCGCUGUGCACAACGGGUUUUGGUUCUUCAAGAUCGCUGCAAUUGUUGGCAUCAUGGUUGGAGCAUUCUACAUUCCAGAGGGGCCUUUCACAAGAGCAUGGUUUGGCAUUGGCACUGCCGGUGCUUUCUGCUUCAUUCUCAUCCAGCUGGUACUCCUUGUAGAUUUUGCUCACUCCUGGAAUGAAUCCUGGGUUGAAAAAAUGGAAGAGGGAAAUGCCAGGUGCUGGUAUGCUGCCCUGCUGUCGUGUACUGGCUUAAACUACAUCCUCUCUCUCGUUGCUGUUGUGCUCUUCUAUGUCUUCUACACAACGUCUGGUGGCUGCCCUGAAAACAAGUUUUUCAUCAGCUUUAACAUGAUCCUCUGCAUUGCAGUCUCCAUCAUCUCGAUCCUUCCCAAAGUCCAGGAACACCAGCCUAGUUCGGGCCUUCUCCAGUCCUCCGUCAUUACGCUGUACACCAUGUACCUCACUUGGUCCGCCAUGUCCAAUGAGCCAGAUCGCAGCUGUAACCCAAGCCUUUUGGACCUCAUCAGCCAAAUAGCUGCACCGACUGUGGGUCCCACGAACGCCACCACCGUGCCUGCUCCGACUCCUGUACCACAAAAAUCCUUGCAGUGGUGGGAUGCCCAGAGCAUUGUUGGACUGACUAUCUUUGUGCUUUGCCUCUUGUACUCCAGCAUCCGAUCUUCAAACAACAGCCAGGUGAACAAGUUGACCCUGUCUGCAAGUGACAGUGCCAUCCUGGAUGACGGCGCAGGUGCUACCGGUGACGUUGAAGAUGGAGAAGUUCGGCGCGUCACAGACAACGAAAAGGAUGCCACCCAGUACAGCUACUCCUUCUUCCACUUCAUGCUGUUUCUUGCCUCCUUGUAUAUCAUGAUGACUCUCACCAAUUGGUACAGCCCUGAUGCCGACUUCAGAACCAUGACAAGCAAGUGGCCGGCUGUCUGGGUGAAGAUGUCUUCAAGCUGGGUCUGCCUCGCCCUUUACGUCUGGACACUAGUUGCGCCGCUUGUCCUCACUAAUCGGGAUUUCAACUGAUGGAAACGAAACUCCUUUCUGCUGAAAGCCAAAUGUUCUGUACUGCUUCUUGGGAGUUACGGCUAAAGCUUUGUCUCCUGCAGUGUACGGUGGGUAGAAAGCCGCCAACUUGCCUAAUGCUUGAUGCAAGAUCUAAACUAUGUCUAUUUUGCUGUCUUUAAUAGUCAGGCUAGCUUGGAAUUUAAUCCACUACAGCUGUGCUGUUAAAGUUUUGGAAAACGCCUGUUGUGUCGUUCUACACACCAUGUUGGAAGGUUUUAAUGGAACAGAAAGUAAUAUAUUUUAAAAGUUCUUCUCAUGCUUCAGUUGAUGGAAGUGAAAGCCAUUCUGUAACUUUGUACAUUCCACUUCAGGAAACCGGAAUCUGUUGUUGACAGAAUAGCAUGCUAACGUGUGUGGUCAGUGAGCUUGUUAAAAUAGCAACUGUUUAGAAUUAAGAUGAUCAUCGUAAGGAACAAAAGAAUAGAAAUCAAGUGUUGUGCUGAAGUCAUAGUGUUUCCCCGUAAUUUUCUACUUGCAUGGUAUCCUAAGUAAGCUUUAACUGAAUUACGUUAUAAUGAAGAUUUGCCUCACUGCUGUUUUCUAACACAAGCAAUCUUUAUAAAUGCCAGUGUAUUAUUGUCAAUCUUGGGACUUAAUAUUUGCACUAUAAACCUGUUUGAUUAAAA